ACUGAUGCUCCCUCAGUCUCACUCGGAAUCUCAUAGAGCAUGUGUCUCAGUUCCCUGCACUGCUGAAGCACUCUAACACCCAGCCUGCUUGUCCCUCUCAGUCUGUACCUAUCAAUUAAUUGCCUGGAUCUCUGCGCAACAACUUCUUCAAACAUGGGGACUCACUCUGAACCUCAAGCAGAAUCUAAUCCGAUAACCCUGAGAAAGGUAUCUAAACCUUUGAUGGAAAAGAAAAGAAGAGCGAGGAUCAAUAUCUCACUGGAGCAGCUCAAAGGCCUUCUAGAAAAGAACUAUUCCCAAAAUAUUCGGAAGCGUAAGCUGGAGAAAGCAGAUAUUCUCGAGCUGACUGUAAAAUAUCUGAAAACUCUUCAGAGUUCCAUUCAUGCAGGAGCUCAGCUCUACAGAAGUGCCGAGUACCAAGCUGGAUUCCGAAACUGUCUUAAUGGAGUGAAUCAAUUCCUGCAGACAGCGGAUAAAUCCGGCCAAGCCACACACCUCACGCAAGACAUUGCCCGAGCAUUGCCGGCCGUAAACGCUUCUUAUUUCAGCACUAAGGACAGCGCCUCACCUCCUGCCAACAACGCUCCCUACACACAGACCUUGGCUGGAAAUAUGGGCAACUCCCAAGCAACUAAACGCAGAAUCACACCCUCUGACUGUCAGCUCCCCUCUGACCAAACCUCACUACACUUAGUAGUUCAGGGCCAUGUGCUGAUGGCACCUAGUGGCCAUGGAGCUGUUAACCAAGACUUGUGGAGACCAUGGUGAACACCAUAUAUUUAAAAAACUUUGCCAGAGAUGAAUAGUGGUUGUUCUUUAUAAGAAUGAAUUCUAGUAUAUACUAUGUAUAUCCAGAUAUUAAAGGGGUUGUUCACCUUUGAAUAUGAUGUAGAGAGGGAUAUUCUGAGACAAUUUGCAAUUGGUUUUCAUUUUUUAUUAUUUAAGGUUUUUGAGUUUAUUAGCUUUUUAUUCAGCAGCUCUUCAAUUUGCAUUAUUAUGCAAAAUAAGGUGAACCACCCUUUAAUUAUAAAUAUAUAUAUAAAUACAUGUGUAAAAGUUACUUUGUCUGUACCAAUACAUUCUAUAUUUUAUCUUGAACGUUUAUUUAUUUUCUUAAUAAAAAAAACUAUAUGUGUA